GUAUAUAGAAGAGAUUAGUGAUAUGGGCGUGUAUAUAUUUGCUGUAUCAGUACUGAUCGGGUAUAUUCGUCAAGAUAGAUACAUAGAAACAUCGGUCCAUAUAUAGCUGUUUCCAUUGUAUAUAAACCUCGAACGGAACCAAUGAUUGAUAAUGCUGUAGUUGACUGGUUCUCUAGAAAAAGAAAGUAUGAUUUCCAGAACAUGAAAGGGUAUAUGAAUAUAAGGAAUAUUUAAAGGGUGUGUUAUUAUCGAGAACGUGGAUUAAUAAUUCAGCAGCAUAAUGAACAGUGAGGCAGUAAUUACAGGUAUACUGGUGUAUGUAAUACAAUGGGAAAUCGUGUAUCUGUUAUCUAAUACAUGCGCCAGGAUGGACACGUACCCGCAAAUCAAGGAACAAAGUAGGCUAAAUGUUGAAAGCUUCUUGGAGAUAAGUCCAUUACAAGUUUUACAAUGUGCACGAGAAUGUCAAUUAAGGUCGGCUUGUGUUUCGUUCAAUUAUAAUACACAAACUCGGCAAUGUUUUCUUAAUACUAAAGAUAGUGCGGAUGUACCAUCGGGCCUUGAAGCUAACGGAGAAUUUAUUCAUAGUGAUAUACAAUCAUGGCCAAAGAAUCUGGCUGAAGGCUGUAUUAACCAUGGAUGUCCUAUGAAUACGUUUUGUGAAAGUGAUUUACAUAUUGGUAUUACCUGUAUUCAAGAAGUAUGGAAUAUGACCACGGAUCAAAUAGUGACAACAAAAGGUCAAGCAGAUACAACGAGUCAAACAGACACAACGACGAGUCAAGCAGACACAACAACAGAAGGGGGGUUCAAGCUUGUACCUGUAACCGUGAACGGUGUUAGUGUUAAAAAACUGGAAGUGACGUCAACUUUAACGUCAGCAGAGAUUGAAAAUUUAAUAAUAACACACGGCGCAUGUCUAGAGAGCUGUAUCGGUAUAGCUAAUGGCGACUACCAAUUCUGUGGUGGGUGUACAAAAUAUGCAACUUGUUCAAAUCAUAUAUUGACUGAACGACCUUGUCCUAGUACUGUCAGGUGGGAUCAGAAUAUACGAGAAUGUGUCGCCUCUUCUUCUACAUGUUUAUAUUAGCAAUACCUGUGAUAUUAUAAAGACAUUGUAACGAACAAUAUCAGCAUGAUAUAAUCUUUAAGUGGUAUAUAGCGAUCGGUAAACACAUUAACAGAACAGAGUAUUUAUGGGAUACAAUCACUAGUUUUAUUCUAAAAGCACAACGUUUUUAUAAGUAUCCUCUUAUCGUUAUCAGCAUGAUAUUUAUUGAUACCAAUUAUGACUGAUUAUUUUGAAUGAUCUGAAUAAUCGACCAUGGCUACUCAAGCCUUGUUGGGUAGAGUUAACCAGAUGCUCAUGGAAAUUUUACGCAGUAUAUUGACGCUUUUCACCGUUACAAACACUCCCAACUUCAGAGGCAAGUUUGCUGGGAUUACAGAUAUAAGUGCGUACUUUAUGAAAUAUUAUUUUAUUUACCACGUAAAUGCGCCCAUCAAUGCGGACAGAUGUUCAUGAGCGUUAAUGUUCGUGGUACAUUUUCAGUUUACUCAUCAGCAACAACGUGGCUGGUCGGUCAGUUGAACACUGUGUGUGUAAAUAUUGGUGUAUCGGUCGGGCCGAGUGGUGUGGUGGUGGUGAUGAUGUACAAGUGAUAUACUAUACUAGUGUCUGUAUAAAUAUACAUGUAUCUGGAAGGGGAAAAUCGUCUGUAACGGUGACACCGCUAUUAUAAUUACUACCCGUGUGUGUGUUUUUAGAUGUGAUAGAUGUUUAUGCAUUGUUUUAAAUAUUGUCGAUAUUAAACGGGUUUCGUGGUCUCUGAGGAUGACGAGGGUUCCAUUAUGUCUAGGAAAAGUUCAAUAUUGAAAUCUAUUUACAUGUACAUAUAUUAUGUAUGAAUGUGUUAUUCAAGUGCUUAUUUAGUCUUGUACUGUUUUGUAAUUUGUCGAUAAAUAAUAUUUUUUCACCGUCGUUCGAGUGGGGCCAUUGACUGUUAAUAAUGAGAGUGGGUGUAUUACUAUUGACAACGAGAAAUUUUUUAUUAAUAUUAAACAGUAUAAUAAAGAAAAAUUGGAAGGCAAAGAUAUCGACCUUCUGGUGUAUGCUAUACUUUGGGUAUACUCGAUUGAACUUUCCGGAAUUAAAGUCUCUCAAUUCGUGUCAAUCGAGUGAAAAAGAGAAUUUCGAGGUCAAACGCAUGUGCCGACUGCAUAAGAAAUAUCUCAACCAAUCAAGACAGCUGAAACAUAUUUGUUACUUAAAAUACGUCACGUUUCUACUCACACCACCUCAGCUGUCGGGACUGGCAGAACUGUGACAGGGUUGCAUUCCGUAUCACUUGAUUGCGAUUUUGUCAAUUCGGGACGUUCUGGACUGACAAUAGAGCACUCACAGUGUCUCUAGUAUCUAUGUCUAAUACAGUAUUGUGCAGGGCCCGUGAGUGGGGGAGUUGGGCAGCCUGGGCCUUGAGGAGCCCGGAGGUAUGCCAAGUAAUGUUUUAAAAUAGAACACCGUUGCUUGAUCGUAAAGUAGAAACAUUCCUGAAUAUGGAAAGACCCCGAUCCCGCUCGCCGAGUUGCUUGUCAUAGGGUCCGGGGGUCCUGUCGU